GUCGGGACUGGUCGUAUGCCGGAACCGGUGCAAUGCCGGUGCCUGUGGGAUGCUGGGGCCGGGGUUGAAGCGGGGGAGGGUGGGAAGCCGGUGCCGGUGGGAUGCCAGGACGGAUCGGACGCCGGUGCCUGUACCAGUGGGAUACCGGUGCCGGUACCGGUGGGAUGCCAGUGCUGGUACGAUGCCGGGGCGGGUGGGAUGCCGGUGCUGAUGGGAAGGAGCGGGGCCGGGCCUGACGCGGCGGGGGCGGUCGCAGGCGGGGCCGGGCGGCAGCAGGAGGAGCAGCGGGAGCAUGGCGGAGGCCGAGCAGGACGGCGUGUCCGGAGCCCCGGCGGCGCCGCCGCGGUACCGGGGAGCGCUGCACCCCGACACGUGGGAGCAGGAGCUGGAGGCCAUCCCCAUGUUCAUGAAGCGCUGCCCGGCCGAGAUCGACGCGGAGCGGCAGCCCGAGCUCGCCUGCCUGCAGUCGCUGCUGUUCGACGAGGAGCGGAGCCCCGCAGAGCUGGCCAGGAUGUACAAGAACGAGGGGAACGAGUACUUCAAGGAGAAGGACUACGGGAGAGCGCUGGCCGCUUACUCGGAGGGGCUGCGGAGGCGGUGCGGGGACGCCGAGCUGGACGCGGUGCUGCUCACCAACCGGGCGGCCGCACAUUUCCACUUGGCUACCACCAUCCUACCAACAGGGAAGAUGUUCUGGCCCUUUUAAUGCUGCUGUGUGUGUUGCUGCAGGGAGGGAACUACCGUUCUGCUCUAAAUGAUGCCAUCCAAGCCAAAAAGCUGAAGCCCACCCAUCUCAAAGCCAUCAUAAGAGGAGCUCUCUGUCACAUGGAGCUAAAGAAUUUCGUGGAAGCAAUAGCAUGGUGUGAGGAGGGCUUGGAAAUAGACUCAAAAGAGAAAAAGCUUGUGGAAAUGAGAGCUAAAGCUGACAAAUUAAAGCGAACUCAGGAGCGGGAUGCCAGGAAAGCAAAGGUGCUGGAGAGCAAGGAGCAGUGUCAGAAGGAGAUGUUGCUUGCAGCAAUAAAGGAAAGAAAUAUCAAGCUGGUUCUUGAGCCUUCAGAUGAAGAAGAGGAAGUGUCAGAUGGCCUGGCUGAGAUAUCCUUGGAUGGGUUCCACUCUGGCAGUGCCACGGGGGCAAAGGUGCACCUGGAUGCUGAUGGCAGCCUGAGCUGGCCUGUCCUCUUCCUGUACCCUGAGCAUGAGCAGACAGAUUUCACUGUGGCUUUCCAUGAGAGCUCCAGGUUUAUUGAUCAUUUAAUGGUGAUGUUUGCUGAAUUACCUCCUUGGGAUUUAGAAAAAAAAUACCUUCCCAACAAUCUUGAGCUCUAUUUUGAAGAUGAAGAAAGAGAAGAAAUGUAUGAGGUGAACCCAGAACACACAUUGCUACAGGUGCUGCAGCACGAAAGGUAUUUUGUAAAGGCCGGGACCCCGACAGUUUUGGUGUUUGCCAGGCGUUCUCCUUUCUCUAAGAAAUACUUCUCUGGCAAGAAAGUGCAUCGACUGUAAUGAGCAAGAAAGAAACAAGGAAUCCUGUGCAAGAGGCUGCUGUUUGUUAGCCCAGCUCCAGGCUGCAGACUUCUGCUUGAACAAAAAUGCCUUGCACUCUUCAGGGGAGGAAAAUAAUCUUGGCACACAGGGAAACUUCCAGGGGAGCAGCACAGGAGAAGGAAGGGCUAACAUGAGGGGAUUAUUUGUUUAAAAGGGAACCCAGCUGGCUUGCAGAAGGUCUCCUCUAUGAUAGGCUGCAUGUGGUUUUGAAAUAAACCUGAAGCAGUGCCAAGCACUGGCUGUGGUUGCAGUAAGAGCAGCUGGGAACGUACUUCCUUACCUGAGAAAAUCCCAGAUCUGCUCGGAGGUGGGCUGUGGCUGCUGGGGUUCAGCAGCAGUGGCCUGGGGAGCUGCCUGCCUGUUGCAGCAGGGUGGAUGCAGUCAGGUUCCUGCCUGGGACUCAGCAGCUGCUGUUUUGUCCCUGCCUGGCUGUGCUGCUGGCCAGGCUGCAGCAGAGCUCUUUGUUUGGAGCAGUGUUUGACUGACCCUUUUGAUACCUUACUGAAUGUCCUACAGAACCUGGAAUAAACAUGGCUAUUUUAAGUA